CUUUCAAAAAAUAAAAAGUGUUUGUCUCUCGAAGAAAAGAGAGCGUGUGGGACAGGUGGGAUCGGUGGGUUAUUAGCUUUCUGAAUUGGUCCCUCUUUUUCUUUCUUCUACUUCCUCUUAUUCAACCUCAUUCUUUUGACUUUUAGAAAGAAUUCAUUUUACAACUUUCAUUUCACACUCCUAUUUUCUUUCCUCUUUCUCGAACUCUCAUUUCACGGACGGCUUUCGAAUUCGCAUUUCUUUGGUAAUCAUUUUCACGGGUGUGAGAUAUUAUUUUGAAAACUCCAAGAUCUCCAAAACCCAUUUCUUCUUCACCUUUGUCUUCUUCUUCUUCUUCUUCAAAUUAUACAUUUUAUUUUUUGUUGCCUUCAUUGAAGAUCCACUAGUUGAAAGUUCAUUUAAAGCCAAAUUUCGAAACUGGGUCUCUUUGACAGUUUCGGAAUCUGCUUUCAAAAUGUGUAUUUUUUUUUCCCUCAGCUUCCGCGUUUUUAAUGGAUUGGUUUCUCCGUUAUAUUUGAAGAACAAUGGCAAGGUAAGAUUUUGAUUCAAAACCCAUUGUAAAAAUUCUCUCUUUUUUUUCAUUUUCCAAAUCCGGGUUGUGCUUUGUUUGUCGAAUUUCCACCUAAACCAAACCAAACCCAUAUAGUUUUUAUUCAGACAGGACUUUUCCUUGUAAUCUAAUUCCCAAUUUCCGGUUAUAAUAUUCACAAAGUUUUGGCGUUUGCUUUGUUUUCAAUUCAUUCUUGGUUGUUUUUAUCUAUUUGGCCAAAUGGGUUGUGCAAGCUCGAAGCAAAAGCGAUGCAGGCAUUGCCAGAGUCCUUAUUCCCCUGUCCCUAGAAGCUACUCUAUGCAAGUUCAUCACCCACCACAGAACCAAGGUGAAAGCUACCAUGUUGUGGCUCUCACCUCUUCUACAUUGGGUUCCCUCAACCAAAUCAACCAUUUCAAUAACAAGAUCAUGGAUUUUGGUGAUGAUAUUGAUCAUCUAAAUCAUGGUAAUGGCACUGAAUGUAUUGGUAAUAAUGUUGAUGGAAACGUGAGGAAGAAGAAGAAGAGUAACGAUUUCACAAUAGGCCUAAUUGAGGCUAAGACGUGGUCCACUAUGAUCGAAGAGAAGAUCCCCAAAGUGGUUCCGAAAACGCCAAUUAGAACGCCUCCCGGAGAGCCAGAGAUAAUCAAUACGUGGGAAUUGAUGGAAGGACUCGAAGAUGUUAGUCCUCUAAGGUCCCCCUGUCAUCUUAGGAGCUUUUCUUUUGAUGUUGUUCGCAAUCCGCACCCAGCUCGACAAGAUUCUGCUUUUGAAUACCCGAAAACUAGAUUUCAAGAAAAUGGCACGGCCUCGCCAAAUCCUAAGCCUAUGUGGCUUCAAUUGGAAGAUGAUGAUUUCAAUUCAAAGGCUAUCUUAUCAGACUUUGAUUCAGAAGCCAUUUCUACAUUCAGAAAGUCAUUCCAAGAGCUUCCACCUGAUAACCCUUUUCGUAUUAGUCCAUUGGACGAUGACAAACAACAAGAAGAAGAAGAACAACAAGAAGUGGUUUCAGAAGCAGACAAUGAUUUGUCAUUGGAUUUCAAUGAUGAAAAGGAGGUAAAAGGUUGUGUUAUCGAUUAUAAAUGUGGGGAGGACAAGAUUGUGCUUUACUUCACAAGCCUAAGAGGGGUACGGAAGACAUAUGAGGAUUGUUGCCAUGUGAGGGUGAUCUUAAAAGGCCUUGGUGUCCGACUGGAUGAGCGGGACGUUUCGAUGCAUUCAGGGUUCAAGGAGGAGCUGAGAGAGCUAUUGGUAGACGGGUUUAAUGGGGGAGGCUUGCCUAGGGUGUUUAUUGGGAAAAAGUACAUUGGUGGAGCUGAAGAAAUCAGGAGAUUGAAUGAGGAUGGACAAUUAGAGAAGUUGGUUGAGUGUUGUGAAAGAGUGGAUGAUGGUGUUGGUGUUGGUGUAUCUUGUCAGGCCUGUGGGGAUAUAAGGUUUGUGCCUUGUGAGACAUGUUCAGGAAGUUGCAAAAUUUACUAUGAAGCUGAUGAAGAAGAAGAAGAAGAAAGAGGUGAGGAGGUUGAGUAUGGAUUCCAACGUUGCCCUGAUUGUAAUGAAAAUGGGCUUAUACGCUGCCCCAUAUGUUGCUACUAGUUUUCAGUGCCAUUCACUAGGUACUCUUUCACAUUUUUGUGUCCAUUUCUUUUUUAUUUUUUUUCUUUUCUUUUAAACUUUUUCUUUGUGAGUUGCUUGUUGUACAGUGGAAUUUUGGUAUGUUUGAUUUGAGGGUAAUGAGAGAAUUGUAGUAGUAGACACUGAAUAAUAUAUAAUACUAUGUUCUAAGCAGGUUUCCUCAACCUCAAGAAUGUUGUAACUUGUAAUAGCUGUAUACUAAAUUUCGUUUUCAGAAAGGCGAAGGGGGUUCGUAACUUUGUAUACUUUUUCCAUUUUCCAUAUAAAUUAAAAAGAUGCUACAUUAAAAUGUUGCAUUUGCAA